CCUCCCUUGAUCAGUUUCUCAAAAUGAUUGGUCUUUCGUGUUUAGUCUUGUCGAAUCGAAAAAUGGCGGAAACAACAAAAACGAUGUGAAAAUACCUAUAUAGGUUCUGAAGAUGUCCUCCACGCCGUCGCUGAUGGUGCUGUACACUAACGAUGCGGUGGAGGUGCGAUACUGUGAUGGCUCAAGUCUGCAGCUGUCGCCAUGCGGGGCUAGUGUGUUACACCACGACAAACCACAGCCAGGACAACACCCUGUAGCAGGUUUGCGAAAGAUACAACAACGAUGUCGGUAUGUGACCAGCGAGUACAGGCAGAAAGUGCUUCAGGCUGUGGACUUCCGCAACCGAUUUGCUGACCGACCCUACCUGUGUGACGACCUGCUGGUCAAUGAGGACGUGGUGCCCUUGUAUACAGACGUCCAGGAGGUAGCCUGGCCGAAGACAGCUGACCGGUCCCGGGCAGAGCACCUCCCAGAUGGCAGCGUCCGCAUCUUCUCCUGUGACGAGUUUGCCAGUCUGUCUCUGUCAGAACACAAGCGUGACUUUACUGUUUGUUACCUUUCAAAAAUAAGUCAGGAACCAGUGAAGAAUAAGAAUGUGUCUUCAUCCAGACGGUCAGCAUCUUGCAAUUCAUCUCAGAACAAGAGUGACGACUCUCAAAAACCUUUAUCGGGACGUAACCAGACAUUGAACAAUACAUCAGGAUGUCAGACGGGUGAUCGGUCGGAGAGUAAUGCUGGCAACAUGGGGCCACUUGAUGGAGGUCAGACCACGGAAACAAGAAGCAAUUCGAUUCCGAAGAAAGGCCAAUCUGUUGUUGAAGGCAAAUCUGUUAAUGAAGCCAAAGACAAGAAGACAAGAGUCGACCCCGCGUACACUCGUAUUUCCACACCGACCAACUUCGCCGACGAGGGAGACCCAGGUGGGGGAGACGAAGCUGUAAUGACGCCAUUCGGUCGGACGUCCAUGUUUCGGCGCUACGGUGCCGGCAGCACAGAGACGUCACCUGCCACUCACGACAUCUCCAGCAUCAGCAAGAUCUCAUCGGAAGGGCUGUGUACAACUAUUGAUGUCGACGUCACAGUGGGACAUCAUGAACUCUCCCUGGAACAGAGGUCCGCCUCGCCUGUGUUACCAGGACAAAACCACGGACACAAUGUGGGACAAUUGUCAAACAGUGUCGGAAACAGUACAGGCGAACACAGCAUGAGUCGAAACAUCAGUUACUCUUCAGAAGAGAGAGAGAAAAGUGUGUCGUCCGCCAACAGCAGUGCAGACCGUCCCGCCUGUCGCCAGCUGUAUACAUGGGUCACCAGACAUAUUUCUUGUAACGAGUGUCCAACUCGAUGGCGGCAUCCAUUAAAACUUGCGGAGGAGAGAGCGUCUGAGAGUCACACAGAUGAGGACAACAGUCAGAUGCCCCCGGGUCGUCUCCCACUGAAGAUUGACAAGAAACACACCAGCAUGUCCCCCCUCCCUCAGCCGAUCCCCCUCACCUGCCACGCCCCACACCGCCACAAGUGGGCGCCUGUUGAUGCCCACCAGGGCGACCUGGACAGAUUCAACCCCGGCCGACUCAAGGUCAUCAUGGUGGAUGGGAUUAUAUACAGAUUGAUCCACCUGCCCGCCAUGAAGGUGCUGGAGAUCUACCCCGGGGACGGCAGUGUCUUCCUCUCACAGGGCGUGUCUGGACAGUUCUACACCCAGAUCCUUCCUGCUGGGGACAAGCUGGAGGAGAGGACUUUCUCGUUACGAGCACUUCCUCCACCCACGUCCACCACCAAGUACUCCCUGGAGAAGGUGCUCAAGAGGGCAAGUAGAUUGCUGUGUGAAGCCGUACAGAGAGACAAGCUCUCCCACUCUGAGGAGCAGCCAUGCUGGAAGGUGGCGCCGACAACAGUCCAGGAGCCUUUGUCCGUGAGCAUCCUUGAAGAGGCGUACAUCCCCGGCGCCGGGCGCUUCACGGCACACACUAACGGUCGGGUCCGCGUGGUGUUUGAUGACCGAACAUCUCUGGACAUGGUCUGCGACUUCUCCAGGCGGGUUGAGGAAUGUGCACAGCAUACUCAUGCAGACAGUCAGCAGUGUGUUAACUCCUCUCUCCCAAACGUUGCAACUGUCACCGCUCUUGACAACGAAGUUGACAGCGACACCUGCCGCCUCCUGCUGCCUUCUGGGAAAUACAUCCUGGUCAACAAGUUGAAACCUGGGACGUACCACAAAUACGUGAGUCAGGCCACGGAGUGGGCGUCAUGGGUAAACGCUUCCCCUCUCGACAGGAAACAGUUCUACGAGAGACUGGGACAGACGGUGAACGCCCAAGGGUCAGCAGCCCUGGAGCUUCAGAAAAUAAACUGUUUCAAUUACAUCGUGGAGAACACUGUCCUUCGAGCAGCUUCCGCCAGCAAGGUGGAUCCAGUAUCCAUGGCAACAGGAAACGGUGGUACAACCGACAUCAUGGGAAGUAACCAUGGUUACAGCAGCCUGGGAUCUGUGCCACAAUAUCAAGGACUGAAAUCUGCACCAAACAGUAUUCAACAAUCUGUGACAUCCAAUCAAUUCUGUCCAAUUAUUGAUAGUUCGACACCUGCUCAGCCAAUGACAGACAAGUUAACAUCAAAUUCAUGGCAAUCAACAAUAUAUCCACAGCCAAUCAGAAACAAUCUUUCACUUCAUUCCUCUUACCCUGGGUCAGGGUCUUUUGUGCAGAGCUCUAGACCAUCAUCCAAUCAUAUUCCAGCUAACAUGAUGUAUCCAGGCAACCAGCUGCAGCCAAUGGGAUCAAGUGAUAAGCGUACGAUGGAAAUGUUGGAUGGAUUUAGUUCAGUGAGACAUGCUCUCCUGCAAACGAACAAACUCAUACAAGACAUUGAUGACAUACUGGACAAGAAAAGUUGAUGUGACACGUAAUGGUUACGACAGUAUUAGUUAUGGCUGACUAGAGUGGUACAUAUCGAGGCCUCUGUUUAAUUAUUUUUUGUAAGCAGAUUGUUUUCAAGGACCAUGGGAAUGGUAGUCAAACUAAAGAUAAAAGCAAACAUUCCCAAACAUAUUUUCUUAAAAUUAUCCUUUUUAAGUAUUGUUUCAGUAAAUCAUUAUAAAAUUAAAUACCAAAUGUUAUGGGAAGUUUUAUACGUCAAACGGAUUACUUUUCUUCCCUAUCUGCCUUCUCGGAAGAUUUUUUUCAACAUCCUUUGGAGAGAUAAAAAAAAUAUUUAAAAAAUUAUUUAUUUAUUUUUUCUUCACAAUUUUCAUUUAUUUUUUUUUUGGGGGGGGGGUUAGAUCCGUAACCCAAGUAAUUAUAAAAAAACCACACCAAAGGAUACUGCAGUGUGACAAAAGCCAUACAAUAUCUGAGUGUUGGCUUUGCUUUAAAAAACAUGAGUGCUGUGAUGUUUUUCUGUUUAAUUAAAAGCUACAACUUGCA